AUGGGUUCUAUAGUGCUCAAGUCGCUCUCGGUGCUGCUCGGAAUAUUCUUCGUCUUCGUCGGCACGAUGAAGCUCACGUCGCACAUCAGCAAGGACCUGCACAAGGACCUGAGGAAGGAGUAUGUCAAAUACGCAAAAGUGUUCCCGCUUUCCGGCACGUUCGACUUCAAGGUACCCAGCAAGUGGUAUCGAAGAGUCGUCGGUUCGCUUGAGAUUAUCUGCGGCUUCGCCAUGGCGAUUAUUCCAAGUCAUAAAGUUAAAAACGUAUCGAACACAGUGCUCCUACUGUUGAUGCUGAUGGCCGUGUAUUCUCACUACAUGGUCAACGACAAGUUCGAAAGGAUCGCCCCGGCAUUGGUGUUCUUCUUUUUGCUGACGGGGCGACUGGUGAUUGACUGGCAACUGAGACGAGAAGAAGCGCAAUCGGUGACGGCGAACGGCGUCGACGACAAAGCUAAGAAGCAAGACUGAGCAGGUUUAUGGCUAGAGAAUGCGUGUUCGUCCGUUUUCACGUUGACCCACUUGAUUCCACUGUUUCAUUUCUGGAACACUGGACCACUGACCAUGUUACCAUAUUUAUUUCCAACGUACUCUCUCUCUCUUUCUCUUGCUUCCAUUGUUCCAGAGAUGGGACUUCCAUGUCGAAAUAUUGUUGUACGAUCAUUUGAUGGAUACGCUCGAUAUAUUCAUCGGAAAACUAUGUGAAAUCUAAAGUAGAGAGAAAACGGUAAAUUCGGAAUCACGUGGGUUAAGUUUGUAUAAAGUGUACGUCCCUCCAAGGGUAGAGGCGUGAGAUGGAGAACGAAUUUAAGGUGAUUAUUUAUAACGCGAAUAGCGGAAUGAAUUUUCGUUGCACUCUAUGUUCACUUUGCACACUGUAUUGCAGUAUGAAAAAGCAUCAUUAAGUUCUUGGACGCGAUGAAACCCGUCAUUAAUGGAAGCAACUUUUAGGAACCUUAUCGUGCCCUUUUUUAUUGUCGUCGCAGGUUAUUCACUCAAGUAAUAUGCAACGGAUCAUGAAUUCCCUUUGAUGAAUGUUAUUUAGAAACAAUUACAAAUCUGUAUUAUAAAAUCCGACAGCAAUUACAGACCGAUGAUCGGCGAAACGUCGUUUUUGCUAAUCGACGAUAGUAUUUCAUCCCGCAUCAUUGAUUCACUUAGAGACUAUCGUAUCAAUGUCGAUUGACGCUGGUCAUGAUUAAAUAAGAAAAUGAUUUCUCUCUCUAUUUAUAUUGUAGUUAAGACAACGGUGCAAAAAGGAACGAAAGAUCGCUAGUGGACAAUUAAGGAUUACCGGUAAAAUCAGUUUUAGGCGUAAAUUAGCUCGAUUAAAUGAUUCUGGUCGAUAAUUUUCUGCCUGUUUCCAAUUCCUUUUACAUGUCAUGAUAUACAAGCAGCUACGUAAUAUAAUAUGCUGUAAUAUAAACAGCUAUGAUACAAGUAACUAUGAUAGUGAAACUAGAGUUAGUGUCAUAAUAUAGACAGUUGUAAUACACGUAACUAUGACGUAUGUAAUGUAAAAAGUUAGACAGCGUAAACAGGGAAAGGGGAAAUUUGAUUUGCCAGGCGUGACACACCAAUCGACAUCGGUACGAUUGGUCUUAGGUGACGUUAGCUUAAGCACGAGGUACUAACUGCCACUUUGAAUGAAUGCGUCCUUACAUGUCGUGCGAGCGUGCGUGUAUGAACAUACGAGAAAUGUUUCAUAGUAAUCGGGACAUAUAUGCGCAUUAGUAUUAAUUUAUUCCUUAAAAGCUCCACAUAUGCGGAUAACAAGUGUGAUCGGACAAUUUGAUAAAUAAAGCAUAAAGUGGAACUGUCAGCGGAUAGACUUUCCUCCCAAUUACCUGUGACAGUUGCAAAUCUUCGUGCCAAACAAUGUUCGGCGGAUUUCGAAGACUUCUUGGAAUCAAUUUUGGAAUGUUUAUGUUCGUGAUAUACUUUAGGAACACUUGAAUGUGCAAUUCCAAAAAUUCCUUUUCCGCUAAGUUCCACGCGUAAUUUACAUAAAACAAAACAAUAACUCGCCUUGGUCCGAAAAAAAUUCACGUCAUGUCUUUUGUUGAAAGCUUCUUUACGUCGAAACAUUUUUUGUAUAUAAAAUUGCAAUAAAAAACAUGUCUGAAAUAUA